AUGGGCAGAGACCAUGAGCUUCUCGCGUUUGUCAGGAAGCUCAGAGCCCAGUAUGAUCACUUCAAUCAAACGAUCCAAAUCCUCUUUGGGUCCAUCUCGUCAGACACCGAGCUUGCGACGAUGAUGGCUGAUCCACAGCUGUCUAAGGAGCUGUGGAAGAGCAAGGAGAUGGCGCUCCGAGACCGGCUCCAGGAUGCUUAUACCUCAUAUCAAACCAUCAUGGAAGAAGUGGAGAUCAAGAUACUACUAGACGAUCUGGACGAGUGCAAUCGACAACUCGAGCGAUUCACAGAAAAGAGCAAAAUGAUUGAGACGUGUCAUAAACCGAUGAAGCCCGUCUAUGCCACGCGCGUACACAAGUUGCAACGGUACGCCAAGGCUCUGCACGAGUCGCUCGCCGUGUGCUGGUCAUGCUCUUGCAAGUCUUCGCAUAUGGCGCGUCUUCAACUUGAAGCUCGCGAUAACGUUUUUGCGCCGACGCAUCAAAAGAUGUUCCCAUCUUCUAAGAAUUCUUCUAAAACGAGCUUCAAUGUUACCUUCUCAACUGUCUCGUCGGAUGAAAAUGGUGUCCCCUGGUCGUUCCAAGCGGCCGAGAUCUGUGUCGAUGAUGAGGAAGACGCUUACCUGAGCCCAAUGGGCUCCCCCAAACCAAACAAGAUGGGAAGGAACGCAAGCUUUCAGUCGCUUCCUCCGUACACAGAAGCAGACCCCGCGAAUAACAUACUGCCGACUUACGAAGAAGUCAAGGACCUCUGCGCAUCUAUCCAGCAGGUGCACAAGAGUUCUUCGACGAUCGGAUUCUCGCUAGACAGCAAACAGAAAUUGCGAGGUGCGUAUGUUGUCGACACUAGAGAAGCACACAUCCCCAGUGCAGAACUGGUAUCUCUCGGGACUCUACUUGAGCGACCCCCACUCGUCAAUGGAAGACGCUCCAAAUUAAGCAGGAAAGACAGAUUCAGUUUGGCCUUAACCUUGGCGUCUAGCGCAUUGUACCUCAACUCGACCCCAUGGCUUCAUCAUGACUGGACAGCGCGAGAUGUCCUUUUCCACCGAACAACAGAUGCUACGCGCCCAGUCGAUCUCAGCCGUCCAUAUCUUUCUCCGACCGUAAUCGAGGGUCCAAACAACGGAUUGAAAGGCCCCAACAAAAUGGAUUUCCAGAACAGCUUCCUGCUCGCGCUGGCUGUAGCAUUGCUAGAGCUUCACUGUGGGACUACUGCGGAGAGAUAUGAAGAGCUCGAACUUCAGAGUGAUACCACAGAUGCACCGAACCACCAGAGUAUGAGACGUCUUUUAUUGGUACAUUCUUGGAUGCAGAACGAGGCGGGGGAUCUGUCUGCUGCUUACCAGGGUGCCAUCACUCAUUGCAUGAAAGAGUAUAUCAACCCUAACGCCAGUCUGCAGAACGCCGACUGCCUCCAAGCUGCAGUUGAGAACAUCGUGAUACCUUUGCAAGAGGAGCUUGAUCAAUUCCUGGGCAAAAAGCUCUAG